GGGAGGGUGAGAGGCUUGGGGCGCUCUCUCCGCCCGAGAGCUGUGUGGCAGAGGGAGAAGUUGGGCGAGGCGGGAGUAAACAAGUUAGGGAGCAGCCUGCGAGCAGCUGCGGCCGCCUGGCCCCGCGGGCCGGGGAGGGAGGGCCGGGCGCUGGCGGCGGUGGCCGGCUUUUUGGGGCGCGGCGCCCCGGGCCGGCCACUCUCAUUGCGCUCCCCGCAGCUGCGCCGCCCGCCUCUCAGCUGAUAAAGCGAACUCCAGCCUGAAACGGAGGGUCCACCGCACGGAAGAAGAUGCGCGCGCCCAUCCCGGAGCCCAAGCCUGGAGACCUGAUUGAAAUUUUCCGCCCUUUCUACAGACACUGGGCCAUCUACGUUGGCGAUGGAUAUGUGAUCCACCUGGCCCCCCCAAGUGAAAUCACGGGAGCUGGUGCGGCCAGCAUCAUGUCUACCCUGACUGACAAGGCCAUAGUGAAGAAGGAACUGCUGUAUGAUGUGGCCGGGAGGGACAAGUACCAGGUCAAUAACAAACAUGACGACAAGUACUCGCCGCUGCCUCCCAGCAAAAUCAUCCAGCGGGCGGAGGAGCUGGUGGGGCAGGAGGUGCUGUACAAGCUGACCAGCGAGAACUGCGAGCACUUUGUGAACGAGCUGCGCUACGGAGUGCCCCGCAGCGACCAGGUCAGAGACGCCAUCAUGGCAGCUGGCAUCGCAGGAGUGGGCCUGGCAGCUGUGGGCCUCAUCGGAGUCUUGUUCUCAAGAAACAAGCGACAAAAGCAAUAAGUUGAAGGGACUGUCCUGUCUGCAAUGACUUUAUAUAUUAAGGGGGGUGUCUUGUUUGGCUAGAAGCUUUGAGGUUUGGUUUGUGGAUUUCAUUCUGUUUUAUAAUAAGGCUUAUUUUCACAGAAUAAAAUAAAGCCCAAGAAGGCAAGAUUUUACUGGAGGAAAUGCAGCAAGAACUGCCUAGUGUGAAGUCUGUUGAGGGCACACGCUGGGCUCUGUUCCUGGUUGUGUCCUGGCUCUUUGAUGAUUUUCUCUCACUUUCUCUUUGCUGGCUGCAUUCUUUACCUUGCAAGAAACAGAGACCAACUCCGGUUAUCUCAAGUAAUGGGGGUUUCUGGUUGUAAGGAUACACUUGGGCGGCAAGAUGGAUAGACCUGACUGAUGAAGAACAGGAUCCACCAGAUAGCCAGGACGCUUGGCCUGGAUCUAGACCCAGGAGGGCUUCUAGGACUUGGCCGCUGGAGUCUGUAGAUGUUCAGUGGCGUUCAAACCAAACCAAACCAAACCUGUGCCAUAAGGAAACUCAGUAUAUGUUCUUGCCAAUUUUGUUAAAACUCCUUAUCUCCCUCUGCUCCCUCCAUCUUUUCUCUGCCCUGUUGCUUCCACCUUCAGUGGUCCUGCUUCCUUACCACUUGAGCUUGUGCCCCGUCCCCGUCUCUGAUCCCACACCCCCUCCCUGCGGCUUUUCUUCCUGCAUCAGCUCAGCACCGUCUCUCCCCGCUACCUGCUUGGCGCUCCCAGUUCAAGUUCCCGAGAGAGCAUUUGAUUGGCUCAGCUCACCAUAUCCUAGCUCAGCCUACCCAUUGGCUGCCGUUGGGUCAGGUGACUCUACUAGGCCAAUCAACUCAGCUCAAUGGGGCGGGGUCCCAUGGUACAAAGUUGCCUCCGCCCUUAUUUGGUGAAGGUGCGGCAGGCCUCGUGACUGAUGUCUCCAGGGUGGACUGCUGCGGGAGGGGCUGGUGAGAAGGCGUGAACUCUGACCAUCUGUGGCUGGGGCCCUGGGGUCUACUCUUGCUGCUCGCUGGGCUUGGCAGAUGUUCAGAGUGACAGUUCUCUGAAAGGGGCUUUUGUGGGUUCUUCAGAAAUGCUCUCCUGGGGCCAGCUGUCCUUCAGUCCACAGGGCAAGGCUUCUCUAACUGGUUGCGAAUGUUUCCUUUGUCAGCCCUGGUUGUCUGGGGGACCAUCUGUCUACUGGAAUCCCGGAAGGGAUUUACAAAUGGCUCCCAGCCAGCUCCUUCCUGCUUGGCUCAAAUCUGGUCCAGGAUAAACAUGUGCCUAGGCUAUGCCCCAGUCUUGGUAUAAGAGUAGUUUUCUCCAGUGCCCUUUCCUUUCUUUUUGCCUCAGUUGUUGAUGGAACAUUUUGUGCCAGUUCUCAGGCUCCCCAAACCCAAGGGACACCGGCCAAGCCCAAAGGGUAGGUUUCUUGGAGCCCUCUCUCACAUGGCAUAAAGUGACCGGGAUACACAGAGUGCAAAGCUCCAAACUAAUUAUGGAGAAAAAAGCAAGGAGGAAAAAUAAACACAAGGAGGCAAAGCAAAAACACCCACUUCAAUUAAAAAAAAAAAAAGAAAAAUUACAUAAAAAAGUGGGAUGUGUAGAAAUAACCACAUAAUGUGGAAGAACUAAUUCCAGAUAUAUUGUUAAUCAUCAUCAAUAUAAAUAGACGAAACUUGCCAAAUAAAAGACAACCAGCACACUGGAUUAGAACACUAAUUCAGGGAGAACAAUUCACAGCAGAUACACUUAAAAUAUAUGGACACAAAGAUGGAAAUUAAAAGGAUGAACUUUUUACAUGACAGCUAGUCUGUUAUGAUAAAAAAGUUAAUGCUAUCAAGGAGAAAAAUUGAGCGUGCAUGAGAACUGUCCUGAAUUGAAAGACGUUGGAGACAAAAACAACUAAAUGUGAAAAACAAUUAUAAAAGCAAUUUGGGGUAAUUGGGGGAAUCUGAGUACUAACUGGGUAUUAAAGAAGAUUAAGGAAUUAUUAAUU